CUCCUUCUCGCUGAUCACUCAACUCUAUUUCUCUCCUGCCCCCAGAGAGAGAGAGAGAGAGAGAGAGAGAGAGAGAGAUAGAGAGAGAGAUUAUGGAGCUCUCAGAGCAAGGCUUUUUGGAGGAGCUGCUGGCUCCAAGGAGAGAGAUGGCCACUUGUUGGACCACUCUCCACCCACACAACGAUCUCCUUCUUCCUCCGUGCUGGAGCCUCGACUCUUUGGGCGACAACCCGGCUUUCGCCUCCUCGAACCCUUUGCAAAUCUUGUCCCUAUCCCACCAACCCGCCGUCUUCGACGAUGCCCGCUUCGCCGAGGCCUAUCACCCCUUGGACGUUGUCCACACGUACACCGUCCCUCCGGAGCUCGAGUACACCGCGAAUUAUAACAACGGCAACGACGCAUAUGCCUCGAUGGUGGAGGAUGAGGAGAUGUGCGACCUCAUCGGCAACGACCAUUAUGGCCAGUGCGCGGAAGAGAGGAUGAUGACGAUGAACAGCUGCAAGGUUGAGGCCUCGGAGCAAGCUGCGGAUAUCAACAAUGGCGGGCUUACUGGGAAUACCGAUGCCGGGUCGUCAUACUGCUUCGAGAAGAGGAGCUCGAGGCCAAAGAAGUUGGAAGGCCAGCCGUCGAAGAACUUAAUGGCGGAGAGGCGGAGAAGGAAGCGCUUGAACGACCGGCUUUCCAUGCUCAGGUCGAUUGUUCCCAAGAUAAGCAAGAUGGACAGGACAUCAAUCCUAGGAGACACCAUAGAUUACAUGAAAGAGCUCCUAGAGAGGAUCAACAAGCUUCAAGAUGAAGAAGAAAUGGAGGUUGGAACAAGCAGUCCACUCAAAUUGAUGGGCAUCUCCAAAGAUCUAAAGCCCAACGAAGUCCUUGUUAGAAAUUCACCCAAGUUUGAUGUGGAGAGGAGAGAUACGAACACCCGGAUCGACAUCUGCUGUGCCACAAAGCCCGGGUUAUUGCUUUCAACUGUGAACACGUUAGAAGCACUCGGCCUCGAGCUUCAACAGUGCGUCAUAAGCUGCUUCAAUGAUUUCUCAAUGCAAGCUUCUUGUUCAGAGGUAAACGAAGGAAGAGCGCUGUUGAGUCCAGAAGACAUAAAACAAGCAUUGUUCAGAAAUGCUGGAUACGGAGGAAGAUGUCUUUAGUAGAGAGGUUGCAAAGAAAAAAGAAAGAAAGAAAUUGCAAGUGAGGACAUGGUUUUCCUCUAUUUUCUUAUUUGGUGUUCGAUUGGAUUGGAUUGGAGGAUCAAUUCUUGUUCAGCUCCAUCCUCAGUACUGGUUUAAUUAUGUGUUAGCUACUCCAACUUGGGGUUAGAAAUUGAUUCCUUUAUUUUGCAAUAA